AUGGGUGACGCGGCGACCAAAGUGUUAAAACGAUAUUUAAAUAACGAUGACAUCGUUUCGCCCGGAGUUUAUUUAUCAUCACAUUAUGUACGUCCUAACGAUGUUGAUAACCACGAUGGCGAUCACGAUAUUGAUAACCACGAUGACGAUAACGAUGUUGAUAACGACGAUGACGAUAACGAUGUUGAUAGCCACGAUGAUGAUCACGAUGUUGAUAACCACGAUGACGAUAACGAUGUUGAUAACUACGAUGACGAUAACGAUGUUGAUAACCACGAUGACGAUAACGAUGUUGAUAGCCACGAUGACGAUAACGAUGUUGAUAGCCACGAUGACGAUAACGAUGUUGAUAACCACGAUGACGAUAACGAUGUUGAUAACCACGAUGACGAUAACGAUGUUGAUAACCACGAUGACGAUAACGAUGUUGAUAGCCACGAUGACGAUAACGAUGUUGAUAACCACGAUGACGAUAACGAUGUUGAUGACGAAGCAAAACAACAACGUGAUUCGAAUUGUCCUCUAGCUUUUGCGCCGCUUCGUUGGAAAGUUAUCAAAGGCGCGAAAAUUCGUACAGGAUGUGCGUAA